UUCCCAGGAUGUUUGGAGGAGGUGGACAAACUAGGCAAACAUAUAUCCUCCCCCACAACUACAGCAUUCUGUUAUUUUUUCGUUCAUUUUUUUCUGAGAAUGUUCAUUUUUAAUCUAGCUGACCCAAUCCUUAUUAUGGAAGUAGAAUGGAGCACAUUUAAUCGUAUGAUUAAAACACAGAUUAACCUACUUAUUCUUUCUAGGUAGACAUUUCUAUAAUUACUUGAGAAGAACCUGUAGGUUAUUCUUUAUUCUAAUAAACGAAAUCACAAACAAAUGAGUCUACAUUUUCUAAAUCACUUUAAAUGCAAUUGCAAUUGAACUACUUAGUAAACUGGAGGAUAUGUUAUUUUGAAAGUUGUCGACCGGAUGUCGCCCAGCUGUAUUGUCGAUGAAGCUACGGGGAGACGGACGCUGCGGCGACAAUUAAGUAGGAAACUGAACGCGCAACACGGCACGGCUCGGCACUGCACGAAUAAAUCGCGGUCUGUCUGUUUGCCUGGACUUUAGCUAUAUCGGGUUGCACUGACGUACACGGGGAUAACGGCGGAGAGGGUGGAAAUUAUUAUGGCGACGUUGGGACAGGAGUCGGCUCUCUCCCAGCUCGGCUCUUCUCCGUCUAUCCAGAUUCACAUCGGCAGCGGCAACCUGCCGCCCAACCGGGGCUUGGAGCGGGCGUUGGAGGAGGGAGCCGCGAGCGGCGUCCUCAACCUCAGCUCCCGAAAACUGAAGGAGUUUCCCCGGACAGCCACCAACCACGACCUGACCGACACAGUGGAAGCAGUGCGCCCCAGAUGGCUUUUGCUGUUUCAUCUUCUACGGAAUGUAACCCGUCGACACACUGCCGAAUGACCAACCGCGCAUCAGUGUGCUCACUAGCAUGGUGUGACUGUGACUUGUAACAGCUAAAGGAGCUAUAGGUGGGAAUUGUCAUUUAUUUUACUUGCCUUUAUUUUUUUAUGUCAAAGUAUUGUUGCAGAUAGGGAUGGCAAAAA